UCUCGGCGCGCCGCUGCCAGGGCUGUACACCUGCUGGCUGCCAUGGCUGAGGUGGGCCGUACUGGGAUCAGCUACCCAGGCGCGCUUCUCCCACGGGGCUUCUGGGCUGCUGUCGAAGUGUGGCUGGAGAGGCCGCAGGUGGCAAACAAACGGCUUUGCGGCGCCCGCCUGGAGGCCCGCUGGAGCGCCGCCCUGCCCUGCGCCGAGGCCCGCGGCCCCGGGACUAGCGCAGGCUCGGAGCAGAAGGAGCGGGGUCCGGGACCCGGCCAGGGUUCCCCCGGAGGGGGCCCGGGUCCCAGGUCGCUAUCAGGACCCGAGCAGGGCACGGCAUGUUGUGAACUUGAGGAAGCCCAGGGCCAGUGCCAGCAAGAGGAGGCACAGAGGGAAGCCGCCUCAGUGCCCCUGAGGGACUCCGGGCACCCCGGCGAUGCUGAAGGAAGGGAGGGCGACUUCCCCGCCGCAGAUCUGGAUUCGCUCUGGGAGGAUUUCUCCCGAAGUCUCGCCCGUGGCAAUUCGGAGAUGCUGGCCUUCCUCACCUGCUCCGGGGCGGGAUCGCAGCCAGACGCGCAGCGUGAGCUCGACGUGGUUCUCAGAACCGUCAUCCCGAAAACUAGCCCACAUUGCCCCCUUACAACUCCCAGGAGGGAAAUAGUCGUGCAAGAUGUCCUCAAUGGAACCGUAACGUUUUUGCCUUUGGAAGAAGAUGAUGAGGGGAACUUAAAGGUUAAGAUGAGCAAUGUGUAUCAAAUUCAGCUCAGUCAUAGCAAAGAAGAAUGGUUCAUAUCUGUUUUAAUUUUCUGUCCAGAAAGAUGGCAUUCAGAUGGAAUCGUGUAUCCCAAACCCACGUGGCUUGGAGAAGAGUUGCUGGCCAAGUUGGCCAAGUGGUCUGUAGAGAACAAGAAGAGUGACUUUAAAAGCACCCUUUCCCUCAUCUCCAUUAUGAAGUAUAGCAAGGCUUACCAGGAACUUAAAAAGAAGUAUAAGGAAAUGGUUAAGGUGUGGCCUGAAGUCACCGAUCCUGAGAAGUUCGUGUAUGAAGAUGUGGCUAUCGCAGCAUACCUACUGAUUCUAUGGGAAGAAGAAAGGGCUGAGAGGGGACUAACUGCCAGGCAGUCCUUUGUGGACCUGGGCUGUGGAAAUGGCCUCCUGGUCCACAUCCUGAGCAGUGAGGGGCAUCCAGGCAGAGGGAUUGAUGUCCGAAGAAGAAAAAUCUGGGACAUGUAUGGACCACAAACUCAGUUAGAGGAAGAUGCAAUCACACCCAAUGAUAAGACCCUUUUCCCUGAUGUUGAUUGGUUAAUCGGUAACCAUUCUGAUGAACUCACACCAUGGAUACCUGUCAUUGCAGCCAGGUCUUCCUACAAUUGCCGCUUCUUCGUCCUCCCCUGCUGCUUCUUUGACUUCGUUGGAAGAUACUCCCGGAGGCAGAGUAAGAAGACUCAGUACCGGGAAUACCUUGACUUCAUUAAAGAAGUGGGCUUCACCUGUGGGUUUCACGUGGACGAAGACUGCCUCAGGAUUCCUUCAACCAAAAGAGUCUGUCUCGUUGGAAAAUCCAGAACAUACCCUUCCUCCAGAGAAGCUUCCGUGGAUGAAAAGAGGACUCAGUACAUUAAGAGCAGGCGGGGCUGCCCUGUAAGCCCACCUGGCCGGGAGCUUUCCCCUUCACCACCCUGGGUUGCUGCUGGCAGUGCUGGUCACUGUGACGGUCAGCAAGCUCUGGACGCCAGGGUCAGGUGUGUAGCCAGGGCCUGGGCCGCUGAGCAUGGAGCAGGGCCCCAGGCUGAAGGACCCUGGCUACCUGGAUUUCAUCCCAGAGAAAAGGCUGAGCGUGUUAGGAACUGUGCCGCCCUGCCACGAGAUUUUAUUGACCAAGUGGUUUUGCAAGUAGCGAAUUUACUGUUAGGUGGAAAGCAAUUAAACACAAGAAGUUCUCGAAAUGGGAGUUUGAAGACCUGGAACGGGGGAGAGAGCCUAUCUCUGGCAGAAGUAGCCAAUGAGCUGGACACGGAGACCCUGCGGAGGCUGAAGCGGGAGUGUGGGGGCCUGCAGACGCUGCUCCGGAACAGCCACCAGGUGUUCCAAGACCCUGUAUUCAGUGGAUCAGCUGGCACCACCCAAAUAGAUAAAUUGGCCCAUCUUGUCUUGUGGCCCCCACCCAGGAAUGGACUCAGCUCAAGAGGACAGCUUCAGCUCCCUAAGAUUUUAUCUUGGACCCGACCAAUCAGCACUCCCGACUUACUGGCCCUCUACUCACCAAGUUAUCCUUAAAAACCUCAAUCCCUGAGUUUUCAGAGACUGAUUUGAAGAAUAAUAAAACUCCGGUCUUCCACACGGCCGACUGCAUGAAUUAAGCUCUUUAUUGCAAAUUUCUUGUUUUGAUCCAUCAGCUCUGUCUAGGCAGUGGGCAAGGAGAACCCUCUGGGCGGUUACAGUGCUGAGAGGCAUUCACUUCUCUGUCUGGUCUUCAGUCUAUGUUGGAUCCAGGCACCUCUCGACUUUCCGUUAGUCACCUUGCUCUCAGUGCAGCGGAUCCUUUUGGCCUCCACUUUCCAUUGGUCGCCUUGCUUUCACGGAGGCGGGCUCUUUCAGCAGCUGUCGCUUUGUCCUUGCUCAUCAGGGCCACAGCUCUGGUGGAAUGGGACCUGCCUGCCUGGCGAGCAUAACCGCCUCUGAUUUUCCACCUUCAUGGUCCUUAGUCACUUGUCAUUUAGUUUUCAGGUCAGUCACUGGCAAUAAUGACUCUCACUGGUCUCUUACCAGCAACAUUAGCUGUGGAUCUCAUAUGCUUAGGGACCAUGAUGAACUAACCACACGAGAUUAAAUCAGGCACAAGAGAAAAGUGUGCAACUGAGAGAUGCAGAAAACACCAGGUGUGUGAGGCAGCUGUGGGGUGAUGGGACGCACAAAGUGUGAAAGGAAAAUCAAUCUCGGGACCCCCAAAUCACUCAGCCAAAGGGAAGAGUCAAGCUGGGAACUACAUUAGGCUAACCUCCCAUUCUAUUCCUAAAUAAGAUGGCUGCAUAGAUUUUAAAAAGCUGCAUACCUCCCUCACAAUUUGUUCCCUAGGAAAUUCCUUGUGGGCCCCAAGAUCUUUACCCUAAAGCAGUUGUGUUAAAUUUCACCCUCACAAUGUAAAUGGAUAGCUGAUAUUCACAGGUACAGGACAAAGGACAGAGCUCAAAGUCAUCCCUCUGCUCACCUGAGACAAAUGCAUACCUGAUGGCUUCCUGUGCCCUACGUUUGUUUUAUGUUAGUAGAAAUGCAGGUUCACUGAGCCAGACUAAAUUGUGUAUUCAGUGAAAGACUGAUCGAGGACUCAAAAGAACACAACUGUUUGUCUCUUAGCUACCUGUGAGGUGGAAGCCCCUGCUUCCAGUGGUCCCACCUUUCCAGACCAAACAAGUGAUCAUCUUACAUAUGUUGAUUGAUGUCUCAUGUCUCCCUAAAAAUGUAUAAAAGCAAGCUGUGCCCGACCACCUUGGGCGCAUGUCAUCAGGACCUCCUGAGGCUGUGUUAUGGGUGUGUCCUUAACCUUGGCAAAAUAAACUCUAAAUUGGUUGAGGCCUGUCUCAGAUAUUUUGGGUUCAAAUACCCAAGGGAGGUAUGAAGCCUUUUUUUUUUUUUUUCCAGUCUUUGCAGCUGUCUUAUAUAGGGAUAAAAUGGGAGGCAGGUUGCCUGAUGCAGUUCCCAGCUUGACUCUUCCCCGUGGCUUGGUGAUUGUGUUACGGGAGCACCGUCGUAGGUGUGUUCUGUGGUGGACUGAAACAUCACGAUGCAGUGCGUGGUAAGCAUUAAACACGGGUGAACGGUGUGCUUUCACCAGCUCCCAGCCGCUCUUUCCCAACACGGGCUUUCAUCCAGGAAAUGGCUGCCAUGGCUGUUUGGAACCACCUGACUUGUCCACCAUGAGAGUCCUCAGUCAGGAGAAGACAGAACAUUUGGAGACCCCAGGGUAGGGAGACUGUUCACACCUGGAACAGGAGGCAGCUGUGCCCCUGUCUGUUCCUCACAGUCCUGCUGCACUUGGGCAGUUUGCAUCCAUUGUCAUAGGUAAACCCCCAUGGGGUGUUAGUGACCUGAUGCCAUAGAGGAGCAAACUGAGGCUCAGAGAGGUUAAGUGACUUGCCCAGAGUCACACAGCAACUGCCACAGUCAGGACUUCCAUGCUGGGCUGCAGCCUCUUGGCAGGGCUCUUCCCUGUGAGGCCCUUGACCAGAGGGACACCCUGGGCUUAGUCUGGGGGGCAUGCCUUUGUUUUUCACCCUCCCGUCAUGGUGCAUGGUGGUUUCUCAUUGGUGAUGAAGUGGAGCUUUCAAAAUGAAUCCAUUUCAGUAAAAAAAGUGGGUCAACUAAAUACAAAAUAUUAACUAGGUGACAGUUUAUUUGGUGCAUGGAGAGGGACGACAUCACAAAGGCAGCCCUCAAAUUAUGCAAGCUUGGAAAUCACUGCCUCAUUAUCUCCUUCCAGAAUCAGGAGCAGGCAGCACCCGUGUCUCAGCGCACACCCUGUCAUUGUCUUGCACCUGAUAGUGAGGCAGGAGAAUCGGGUCUGGAGUCAGGGAACCUGAGGCCGAUUCGUGCUGACUGGAUACCAGAGGCAACCUCUUUUCAACCCCUCGUUUUUUUGCUGGCAGUUGAAACAUGAAAGUACCUCUGAUUGGUUCCCUCCCACAAACAAUCAGACUGGUUGUGGGCCUACUCUUCACUCUGGUCCUCUCCCACAACCAAUCAGACUGGUCGUGGGCGGGGCCUAUUCUUCAUUCUGAUUGUUUCCCUCCUGCAGCCAAUCAGACGGGUCACAGGCCGCUACUUCAUUUGCAUAGAGUGAACCAAUGAGAAACCUUCAUUUGUAUAGGCUGAAGCCGUGGGAAACCUUCAUUUGCAUAGAGUGAACCAAUGAGAAACCUUCAUUUGCAUAGAGUGAACCAAUGGGAAGCCGUCAUUUGCAUAGAGUGAAGCAAUGGGAAACCUCUAGAGAGUAUUUAAACCCCAGAAAAUUCUGUGACAGAUGCUCUUGAGCCACUUGCUCAACCCUGCUCCCACUGUGGAGUGUACUUUUGUUUAAAAUAAAUCUCUGCUUUUACUUCC